UUUGAGAAAAGUCAUCUUCUCUGGUCUUGUCAUCUUGCAGAAAGGGAGGGGGCAACAGGCAAGAGAGAGACCGAGAGAGGGACUGAGGGAGUGAGCUCGAUCUUCAUAAUCCGUAGUCAGGUCCUUGAGUCUUGAGUCUCUUGACUCGAGCUUGAGCAGCCUUGACGUGGUUAGGGUUUUAAAAAAAGGACGGAAAAGAAAAACACAAAAAGAAAUUCUACGCUACUCCUAGUCGACUAAACGAAAACCCACCCCUCUUUAAAUGAGGCCAACCCCUCCAUUCCUGUUGCUUCCUUCCUUGGUAACAGUAACCAGUAGUUGCAGUUGCAGGCGCCGUUUCCCUUUUUACACUCCUCUUCUCCUUUUCUCCUUUCCUCUUUUGUUUCUCCCUGCAGGAAACCUCUGAUGCUGAGUUUGUCAUUAUCUUUAUAAACAGUGAUCAUUCCACCACCUCUUUUUUUCGUAGAAGCAGAGUAGAAAAGAAAAGAAUGGUGGGUAUUUCUUGUCUUCCUCAUUGGCUUCAGGCCCUUCUCGGGGAGAAGUUCUUUAAUCAGUGUUUGAUUCAUGAGUCUGCGAGGAAAAACGAGAAGAACAUAUUUUGCUUGGAUUGUUGCACUAGUAUUUGUCCACACUGCUUAUCUCCUCAUCGUUCUCAUCGGCUCUUACAGAUAAGAAGAUACGUCUAUCAUGACGUUAUACGGCUGGAUGACAUUGAAAAAUUAAUCGAUUGCGCCUUUGUUCAAUCUUACACGACCAACAGUGCAAAGGUGGUAUUUUUAAACCAGAGGCCACAGUCUCGACCUUUUAGAGGCUCCGGUAGCAUAUGCAGCACCUGCGACAGGAGCCUUCAAGACCCAUAUCUCUUCUGUUCUCUCUCCUGCAAGGUUCAUCAUCUGGCCAGGAACGAAGGUGGAUUAUCGAAAUACCUUUACGAGUGUGAAUACCUUCCAUUACCAGAAGGAGGAAAAGGAGAGAACUUUUGCGAAGUACUGGACGAAGGGCAAAUGACGCCCGACUCGGUCCUCGAACCGCCGGGUUUGUUGCGCACCUCGUCCGGGUCGAGCGCAAGUGGUGGCGGCGUGGGUUGCAGGAACCUUGCCUGCACUGCUACCACGGAUUUUGUGAAGAAGAAACGCAGCGGCGUUUCAGUUUCACGGGCAACUUAUCGGCCGACAUGCUCACGCGCGUCGGAAAUCUCCAUGAGUAACAGGCGAAAGAGUAUGCCACACCGCUCUCCACUUUAUUAAUUGUGUACAAGACGAGCUACGAUGAAGUAAUUAAGAAAAGGUAUGGAGGUGUGGGGGGACAUAUAUGGUAUUUCCAUAUUUCUGGUUGUUUGAAUGGUCUCUCUGGGAUGGCAAAAUGCAACUUCCCCAAUUUUGUAGAGGAAUCACUGGUCUUUUUUCCUCAGCUCCAUAUUCUAAUUUAUAUUUCCAUCUCUCUCUCUCAAAUCUAUCUUUCCUCCUUUUUAUCUUCCUUUAUUUUUUUCCUGUUAAAUUUGAAGCUACAACUAGAAGGAGAUUUGCAGUUGAACGAAGAUAGAUUUGAGAGAAACGGAGAUUUGUUAAAUCCAGAUGUUUGAAUUUUGAUUUCAUUUGCACUUUGUUUUAGGGUUGGAAAUUGAAAUUAGGGUGGGAGGGAAAGAUAAA